AUGUCUCCACCGUGCCUUGCUUUCCCGGUCUCGGAGCUCCCGCUUCACGUCCAGGCAGAUGUCAAGGGCAGGAAACGCAAGCUUGAAGGUGGCGGGAACGUGGACCUGACUCGGUGCGAGCUGAAGGAGUUGACACAAUACCGUUGUUUCGUCGAUGACCCGGCACUACCCGGAAGCCCUGUGCGAUGCUGGGCUGUCAAUCGCUUCUUCCGCCAGGACAAAAAGGGCGUUUUUAUGGUCGAGACGUCGGCGUGGGAAGGCUUGAAGGAUAGAUCGCAACUCUCUAAUUUGAGCCAGCGCAAGCAGACUCACUUAAAGCUGAAAGCCAUGGGUAACCAGGUCGCACAAGAGGACGAAAAUGAGCGCUUCGUUAAUUCUCAACUAUAUCCCAGGUUUCUCCCAUCACUUCCCUGGGCCAAGUCACAUCGGACAAAAGAGACGGAAGCAGCAGAAGUCCUGGACCCAUAUUGCACACAGUUUUGGUACAAACCGGCUGCCAGUUGGACCAGCGCAGUUCACGCUUUCAAUUCUUCGUCUAAGUGUUCGGAAUCCUCCCACCGCAGUCCCGUCCAAACAUCUACCCAACCAACCCUUCGAUAA